AUGUUCCAGGCAGAAGCACAGCUUGAGCUCAGGGCUCACUGCAUUAGUAGGAAGCAGGAGGAAGCUGUUUCUGUAAAGUUGAAGGGGAAAGAUGUUGAAACAUUUGUUUCUCAAACACUACAAGGAGAAAAUCUAUCCAAGAAAGCAAAAGAAAGAAGGGAAGUUCUUCUUAAGAAGAUGAAGGAUAUUAAGGCAAGUUAUCCUCAAGAAUUCCCGGAGAAAGAGCUGGAAGAUGAGGAAGAGUCUGAGAACUCUCUUUCUUCACCUCCUGAUAGCGUCUCAAUAGCAUCUGACCGAUAUGAUAAAGAGGACGAAGCACCUUCUGAUGGGAAUCAGUUUCCUCCUGUUGCAGCUCAGGAUCUUCAGUUUGUUCUGAAGGCUGGAUACCUGGAAAAACGUAGAAAAGACCACAGUUUUCUUGGCUUUGAAUGGCAGAAGCGUUGGUGUGCUAUCAGCAAGACAGUCUUCUAUUACUAUGGAAGCGACAAAGACAAACAACAGAAAGGUGAAUUUGCCUUAGAGGGCUACACCAUCAGAAUGAAUAAUAGCCUUCGGAAGGAUGCAAAGAAAGAUUGUUGUUUUGAAAUCUCUGCUCCAGAUAAGCGCAUUUAUCAGUUUACAGCUGCCACUCCCAAAGAAGCAGAGGAAUGGGUACAGCAAGUCAAAUUUGUAAUUCAAGAUACGGGAUCUAAUACUAUUCCCGAGGAGGAAGAGGAGUAUGAUGAUGUUGGACAAGUGAACAGUGAACCAGUAGAUGAUAGCAUUUAUGAAGAAGUUAAAGAGGAACUUCUGUCUUCAAAAGCUGAAGCGCCAAACAAUGAGAGCCAGGAGGAAGUUACCGCUGUUUCAGAUAGCAAAAAUAUCGAUUAUGCCAAUUUCUAUCAAGGUCUGUGGGACUGCACAGGAGAUGAAACUGAUGAGUUGACAUUUAAACGUGGUGACGUUAUUUACAUUAUCAGCAAGGAGUACAAUAGCUUUGGCUGGUGGGUAGGAGAAUUGAAGGGAACCAUUGGCUUGGUGCCUAAAGCCUACAUAAUGGAGAUGUAUGAUAUUUGAGAGGCCUGGGAGAAAUCUGCACUUGAAGAGUGGUGUGCAGCUGCAGUUUACAGACCCAGCCUCUGGAAGAAGAUUCUGCUGUACAUGUUUUGCGGUUUCAGUGAACGUAGUCAGAUCGCUGCCUUGCGUAUAUUAAACAUUAUAAACUGGAAUUGAUCAUAACUUUACGGAAAUGUUCUUCUUAGCCACUUUUUAUAGAAUUGUAAUGCUAGGAAAUUAAUAGAUGGUAAUUAACAUAUGGGGCACAAGCAGCCAUGUAAUGCCUGUUGCUCUUUUGUUUAACAUGCUAGCAGCACUCUGUAUAGCUGUAGGUUUGUGGUUCUUGGGGCAUUUUGCUAUCUUUUCCUGUUCUGCAUAUUGAGAAAAAGUAAGCAGAGCUUUGAAGGUAACCUGUUGUUCAAUUCAUGCGUGCAUUAACCUUUUAAUACUCACUGUACAUCUUGUGCAGUUUCGUCAGAAAGUUGAGGGAAAUUUAUGUAUAAUAUUUCAAGUCUUCAGGGUAUGCUGUUUCCAGAUGUUUUAAAGUUAUGCUUUAGCCAGUGAUUAAUUUUUCUCAUGAAUUUAGUAUUGUUAAUUACUAUUACUAUUACUGUUAUUAUUAUUUUGUUGACAUAUAGUGAAGAUUUGAUUCUUUUGCUGGUGUAAUAGAUGAGCCUGUAAGGUAAUACUGCCAUGGUACUGUUCUGACUUGGGCAUGGUAAUUCUAUGAAAAUUUGUGAAAAUGUAUUAACCCUGACAAUUUUUGCUAAGUCAACACAAGCUAAAUUGCAGGUAAAAAUAUUUUUGUCCGUGGUCAUGUGAAAUAUUUUAUCUGUACCUUACAGAUACUUUUUCAGAGUCAAAUCUGGAUACCUUGGUAGUAUGUGGAAUUCUGAUACAGGUUGUGUGACAGAGAUCUUCAUCUUCACCUGUGGAUUAGCAACAGCUACCCGCAUUCUUGUGUCAAAGCCGGAACUUUGUGGCUAAAGAAAAACAUUCAUUGAAACAUUAAAAAAGUACACUAAAAUACUACCCCAUGUGGACAAGAGGUUGGGCAAGUCAAACUUAAUACUUUACAUACCCUUCUUUUGGAGAUGUGCUUUACCAUUAGAAUGCAGGAUCAACUUUUUUUGGGUGCUCCCAGAGAGCUGAUUUGUGAGACCCUUAAUCUGCCAACGAGGCAGCUCAGGCCAGCCUGUGACUUGCUGAGUCUGUGCAGGUCCCCGUGUGGUUGCUUGUGCUGUUUAUGCUUCAGGCAGACCCCGGGAACACUGUGGGUUAAAAGGAAACGUUAGUCUGACCUCGGAAUUUGGAUCCUUUCGGUAAACUAAGAUGUUGUGCUCUGGGUUAGCUGACGUGUGGUACUUGCUGGUACACUGAAUUCUAAUAGGCAUCCAACGGGACACAGUUUUGUUGUAAUUUUUUUUAAAGAGAUAGUCAUUGGAAUUGAUUCUGUGCGUUAUCAGCGAAGCAUUAAAAUGAUAGAUUAUAGUCUUCACAUCUUUUACUACUUUAAUUUGUCAAGCGUACUGGUGGAUUGUGUACAGAAUGUGAAGCGUUAAUAGCGGGGUUGGAAACGCUCCUUCUCCCUUGGUAACAUGGCAGCGCCAUAAAUCUGCCCACCAAAAUGGCUUUUUAUUAAUUACAGAAUUCCGAAUCCUACCACCACCACCACCACCACCACCACCACGUGCGUUUUCGGGAAGGAACCCUGC